GGGAGACAGUGUCAGUGAGGGAGAAUGGUAUCCUGGAUCAUCUCUCGGGCUGUGGUGCUUGUGUUUGGCUUGCUGUAUCCUGCAUAUGCCUCAUACAAAGCUGUGAAGACAAAGAAUGUUCGGGAAUAUGUGCGCUGGAUGAUGUAUUGGAUCGUAUUUGCUCUCUUUAUGACAGUAGAAACAUUUACAGAUAUUUUUAUUGCCUGGUUUCCCUUUUACUAUGAGAUUAAAAUGGCCUUUGUAGUAUGGCUUUUAUCUCCAUACACAAGAGGAGCCAGCCUCCUGUACAGGAAGUGUAUCCAUCCUACUCUGUCCUUGAAGGAGAAGGAAAUCGAUUCCUACAUUAUACAGGCAAAAGAACGAAGUUACGAGUCAUUUGUGAACAUUGGGCGAAAAGGUUUAAACAUAGCAGCCAGUGCGGCAGUGCAAGCUGCUACCAAGGGUCAGGGCGCAUUAGUGGGGCGCCUGCGGAGUUUCAGCAUGCAGGAUUUGCGUGCUCUUCCUGAUGACACACCUAUACACUACAGAGAUGCCCUGUAUCCUGAUGCACCAGAGCUGCACCGGAGGCCAAUUGGAUACCCAACCACUUCCCAUGCUGAUAGUGACUCCAUGGAUGAACGGUGGUCGGAUUCUGAAAUGGCCGAAACAAGGACAGCAGCUAGGACAAGAGGAGGCAUGCCAUCUAAACCACUACAGAGGAGCCAGAGUCUGCGGGUUUCCAAGAAGAAAGGGCUAAGUCGAGAGGUCUCUACGAAAACAACGAAACCCAAAGGAAAGAAGAAGCCUGCACAAUCAGAACCCGAAAACUAAACCGGGCUUUCAAUGACUGACUGAGGGCUGCGCCUCGCUGUAAUCGUUCUAUGGAGCAAAAACACUGAAUUUUAUGGAUGCCAGGAUGUCCCUCACUCAGCAUGAUUUCUGGGGUGCAGGAUUCACGGCAACCUGUUGUGGAAACGACAAGUUUGCGGGUGUAAGUGUGUGUGUGUAUAUAUUAAAGUGUGAUGUAUUAACCCAUGCAGGGCCUUCUGUGCAAACUGCUGAUGCCAAGUUCCUGCACCUUUGCACUGGUUGCUGCUGUGUUAGAACCUAACUGUGCCUGACAGUAUGAGCUGCCUGUGAGGCUGCGGCGUGCAACAGCUGAGCAGGACAGAAAUAAUCGCACACUCAAGCUCUGCACUCUGCCUCCGUUCAUCAGCCCUCUGUAUUUGCGGCUCCAUCAUUCCCUUUCCCUUCUACUGUUUCUUGUGCUGCCGUUCAUUUCCCAGGAUAUGCAGGACCCCUGUCUAUUCCAGGAGCAGAGCUGAAUGAAUGCACAUACCUUCCUAUACAGGGAACAAAGUGGCCAAACGUCUGGUCACUGUGAGGAUGAGCUAGUGAUAUAUGUGUGUGUAUAUAUGUGUUUGUUCCCUGUCAGAGCCAUGCGCUUAUGGCAGGCAGCCAUGUUCUUGUGAAACUCCUGUACUGUACUGUACACUACAUUUCUGGCCUUCUGGCACACAAAUGGUUCUUGUCUCAUCCCAGCUGGGAACAUUUCACUGCCAGGAACCAAUCUUAAAGGGGUGCUUCACCUAUAAGUUAACUUUUAGUUUGUUCUUAGCAAGUUUUCAAUUGGUCAUAAUACAUAAUUAUUUGCCUUCCUCUUCUGACUCUUUCUUGCUUUCAAAAGUGGGAUAACAGACCCCAGUAGCCUCUCUUUGAGGCUACAAUGUCACUUAUUGUUACUUUUUAUUAUCUUUCUAUUCAGGCCCUUCUCCUAUUCAUAUACCAGUGUCUCAUUUGAACCAAUGACUGGUUGUUAGGGUAAUUUGGACCAUAGAAACCAUAUAGCUGCUAAAAUUCCACACUAUAGAGUGUCUGAAUAAAAAGCUUAAUAAUUCAAAAACCUCAAAUAAUAAAAAAAAAAUGAAGACCAAUUGAAAAUAGUUUCAGAAUAAUCCUUUCUGUGGCAAACUAAAAGUUAUUCAAAGGUGAAGGAACCCUUUACGGCUGAUGGUUCAGCUAUCUCACAAUGCAACAUUCUUAUGUCUUAUCCCACACGCCAUCCCAUACUCUGAGAAAUGUGCCACUGAGAGGGCACCAAAGGGAAGCUACGUUUUUGCUUUUAAAUGUGCCUUAAAUAUUUUAGCGUCGUGCCUGUGGUACAAAGCAGUACCAGCUUGCAUUUUGUUUUUCUGACCACUGGGUUUAUUCUUUUACUAUGGUGACAUACAUCUCUAAAGACUCAAAUAGUGAUGUAGACAACAGAAAUCUGGAAUGCCCCCCCCCCCCCCCCUCCAAGGAUGCUGGGAGUUGUAGUGGAUUAGUGCAACAUUGGCUGGAUGGCUGCAGCUUGGACCUCUUACUUAUAUGCUCAUUCAUUAAAUCCAGGUUUUGUACAGCUUGUAGCCUGCUGACUGGGGCAGUUUAGCAACUGCCAUGCUGGUCAUGUAAUAACAGGUGCAAAGCCUCCGUGCUAGCCACUCAUAGCAGCCAAUCAGCAUGCAGCUUGUCUGAGAGUAACAGCUUGCUACAUUUCAGGCUAAAUGUGCAAAUGUUAUUGGAAUACCCUGAAGGUUCAAUUUGUUUUCUCUUACAGGAGUUCUAAUCAUGUGAAUUUAGCAAUUUACAUUAUUUUAUUGUUAUGAUAUUAGCGGUUUGUAUUGUGUUUUUCCCUAGCAGCGCUGAGCUGGUCAGCCUUCCACCAGAGGGUUAAAUGCAGGCAGCAGUAACAUGUACCCAUUUCAGCCGCCUGUGCUUUAUAUACCCGCGCCUGACCUGCCCAUUAUCAGUGUCACCAAGGGGGUAGGGAUGGAGCGAGCAUAUAAAAGAAUUGCGGCAGAGGGAUGGAGGGGAAUGUUACAGCAUGUUCUGCUUAAGAAGUGUUGUGCUUGCCUGAACCCCGCAACCCCUGGCUCCCAGUUUGGGGGGGUGGCCCACGCAAUAAUAAUGGAUGGUAUAGGGAAAAAUUCUAAUAUUGUGAUCAUGUAUAGAAAAUUCCUGCAAAUUGUACAGUUGUUCAGAAGAACUCUCUCAGCAAUUGUACAUUAAGUUUUUAUGAGGUUAAAUAUAAUGUCUUACAGCCCAAAUGGCCGCACUGUGACUCGCCAUACGGUAGCUACAACUCCCAGCAACAACUGAAGGCCCUCUCCCCAGCACCCAAUAGAAACCUGUUCUGUAUAUUGUUGGUGGGUGGGGCCCUUAACUGACCGUAACCCUCCCGUUUCCUCUUUUUUUUUUAUUACUUGAGAUUUAUGUGUUUUUAACGGAAAUAUUUUUUCGUAGAAAUGUUUGUUCCGUGUGUUGAUGAUAGUUUAAAGCCAAUGAAUUGGCUGCCGCGUGAUGUAGGGUGUACAAGCCAUCAUGUUCCUAUCGCGCCUCCCUCUCUCUGCACUAGGGCACAAGCCCUUGAUCCUAUUUAUAUAGAUGUUUGUCGCUCAGUACAUGUGUAUAUAGCAUUGCUUGGAUACUCAUUCAAGUGGGCCAGCAAAGCCAAAGGCUAUGUCCCCAAGUGCCAAAGAUUCCACUUCUGCUGAAACCUUAUGGGACAGUGCCACUCAUGGGCAUCAAGUGACCAAGGUACAAUGUAGCUUUCAGUUUGGGCCCUCCAAUCACUUUGGUCUUAUCUGGGGCCAAGCAAAGUGCCUAAUGCUUAUAUACAAUCUCUGUGUUUUGAUAUGCAAAUAAAUAAACCACUCUCUGCCAA